CUACUGUAAAAUUCGAAUUCUCGUACCUUUUCUAAAAUGCCCUCGGCGUGUAUUGCAACUGGUUGCACCAACAUUAGUACGUCGAGAAGAAAACGGUGGGUUUCCUUUUACAGAUUACCCCUCGAAGACAAAGAGCUUUUGCAAAAAUGGUUGGUGAACUUGAGGAGGACAAGGCUUCCUUUACGUUUGGACAGAAGCUACGUUUGCUCGGAUCAUUUCGAACCUGAGUGCUUUGGUAGGGACAUAAAGGCAGAGCUAAUGGAUCAAAGGCCAAAACCACCACUGUUAGAAGGAUCAGUUCCCACAUUAUUCAGUCAUAAUAAUUUUAGGUCCAAGGUCAAGAAAAGAGUUGUUAGUGAAGAGCGAAAAAAGAGAAAGGAAAAAGAUGAGAUUUUGAAAGAAUUACUUGGACCACAUUUUUACAUGAAGCCAUCAGCACCACUGAACACACAAGUUGUGAAGCGCGAAUCCCCGAUGGAGUUUGAAAAUAUAGACGGUGAAUUUAGCAUUCAGUCUCUUCUGCCUGAGUUUGCUCGAGCUUACAACAACGAUACUUGCACUGAUAACGAUCAAACUCGAACAAUUUGCGAGAAUGACGUAGGUAUUAGCCACAAGCAGAUCGGAACUGACACCGAGAGCGACUUAAGCACCGUUAAUGAGCAAGCCCGAACAGAAACCGAGAAUGACGUUUGUACCAGCCACCAAAAACAUCCAACAGGUACCCAAGAUGUGUUCGCAUUACCCAGUAUUUGCAACGGACAAGAACCCAACGGUACCAUGAUCACUUAUAACGUGAACACAACCCAGGGGCAAACGGAAAAGUGGGUGAUUGUUCUGAUCAAGUGUAAAGAAGGGACACGUGUGAACAUGAACUUUGGACACAACAUUAAUCGGCAAAACAAACCUAGCACUUCAGAAACAUCGUGCCAAACUGAAGAAGAGCUUGCAGGGGAAAUAAAACCCUCUAUGGUAUCUGUCGAGACGCAAUGGGACAGGGAUGAUUUUCUUCCAAAUCUUGAGCUCGUUCAACGUGACCACACCUACAGUAACACCAAGAGAGUCUCAAAGAAGAAACUUUCUUGAAGAAUUUUCCUUCUUAUUGCUUUGCCUCCCUGCAGGGGUUUGAAUAACUAUUACCAUGAGUGGCUGCCCAUGGUGGCUGUACCCGAAAAAGAGGCUGUAAGGGGGGAACCCAAACACUCGAGCCUACUAGGAGGCCAAACAGACGGUAGUAAGAGUUCUUAUGGGCAUCGUCAGUAACCUCUGCUCUGUAAAGUAUCUGUGCUCUCUGAUGCUAAGACGACGACGAUCGACAGAAAGACCCUGGUUCGACUUGUAGGAUUACGAGCAGCCCUCCUUUUCGGAGAAGUCCGUCGGAAGAGUCCAAGAAACUCACUUGAAAAAAAAAAUAAUAACGAAAGAUAUUUCAGCUCGCCGCGCGGAAUUCACGGAGCGAGGUGUACGUAAGGACCCCACUUUCCGUGCGCUCACUCCCAGAGUUCUGCGCGGCUCGCUAACAUCCAUCUUUUUUUUGUUUUGUUUGUUAUUUUUAUUUCCACACGGGCGCCGAAAAAAUAGGGACUGUUUGCAGUCUUGGCAUUUUAUGUAAUUGAAAUUUUAUGAAAUGGAUGAAAAACUAUGAUCAAUAAUCAAGGCUGAUUUCUACUGAUCUGUCUUUAAAUUUUUGAGCAUCCGGCUGUGAGGCUUGCAGCAUUGGACAUUUUCCCUUUGCUGAAGUCAUAUUUGUUGAGUUACAAGGUUGAAAGUC